AUGAGUGAGGUGAGGACCGGUGUUCCGCUGGAUGAGCUAGGCAUUACUGAUACAAGGGUUCGGCGGGCGCAGAAUGGAGGUCUUUUGGUGGAGAUCCCGGGAGAGGACGCUGGGACAAAGGCGGAUUCCUUGUCGGAAAAACUCAACUCUCUUUUUAAGAAUCGAGAAGUAGUGAGGGUGAUUCGUCUGGUCAGGAGGACCGAGUUUCGUCUCCUCGAUCUAGACGAAUCGGUGACUGCCGAAGAGAUAAGGACUGUAGUUGUGGCGCGUGGAAAGGCGUCACCGAACGAUGUUUGCGUUGGCCCUCUGAGGCCCAGUAGAGGCGGCCAGAACAGCUCGUGGCUGCAAUGUCCCGAGACUUGUACGGAUUGGCUGCUGAAGGACGGGGGACUUCGUGUGGGUUGGUCGCGAGUGCGAUUGAUACCGCUGGCCAAGAGAAAGUUGCAGUGUUACCGUUGUUUCGCGGUUGGACACACGAGGACGAACUGCAGGAGCACUGUGGACAGGAGCAGCAGUUGCUUUAAUUGCGGAAAGGAGGGGCACGCGGCCGUUAGUUGUCGGGCUUCGCCUCACUGUCCCGUUUGCGCGGCUAGAAACCUCCCGGCUAGGUAUAGGGUUGGAGGGGAGGGGUGUGCUCCCUACAACAGCCCGGUACGUGUGACUGUGGCUGCAGGGCCGAGCUACAGGGACGCAAGACACAACGAGCAUGGGGAGUCGAGUGUUCCUGUGGCGGAAAGUGUUCCCCCUGUGGAGGAGGAGUUAUUGAUGGACACGUCCAAUGGCUAG